GCGCCCCGCCCCCUCCCUGGCCAUCCACCUUCGGCAGCUGCUUCGAGGCGGCCGCCAUUACCGCUGGCGCCCACCGAGCGUCUAGGGGUGUGGCGGGGUUCUGAAGGGUAGGGGGAGUCCGGGGAGAGCGAGGAGCGGACUGAAUCAUCGUGGGCGCAGGAAGCAGAGUGUCCGCACACCGAAGGACCGAGAAAGGGGCUUUCCGGAGACUUCCUCUGUGACGAGGGCAGGCGCGCACCGCGCGGACCCUCUGCGAGCGCCCACACCUGAACGCGACGCUCUCCAGUGCGCGUGCGCGGCAAGGGUCUUCCGCCCGUGAUCGCGAGACCCCAACGGCCGGCGGCUCAAGGCCUCGUCUGUGCGGCCGGGUGGAGUCCGUCAUGGCGCAGCUGUGUGGGCCAAGGAGGUGCUGGGCGCUCCUCGCCAUGCUGGCAUCGCUGCUCCUCUCCGGGGCUGAGGCGGCCGACGGAGAAGGUGGCGUCCACGAUUUUUGCCAAGUUUUGAAGAAAGUGGGAAGAUGCCGGGCCUCCUUCCCUAGGUGGUGGUACAAUGUCACUGACGGAUCCUGCCAGCAGUUUGUGUAUGGAGGCUGUGGAGGGAAUGAAAAUAAUUACAUGACCAAGGAGGAGUGUCUUGCAAAGUGUGCUGGUGUCACAGAGAACACUGUCGAUGAUCUGGCCAGGAAUGGAGCACAUUCCUCUGUCCCAAGUGUUCCCAGAAGGCACAAUUCUGAUGACCUCUCCAGUGAUAUUUUCAACUAUGAAGAAUACUGCACUGCCGAGGCCGUCACUGGGCCUUGCCGCGCAUCCCUCCUACGCUGGUACUUUAAUGCCGAGAAGAACUCUUGUGAUAACUUCAUCUACGGAGGAUGCCAGGGCAACAAAAACAGCUAUCUCUCCAAGGAGGAGUGCAUGCACCGCUGCUUCAGCAAGCAGUUGUAUCCUGCCCUGCCCCGCGGCACUAAAGUGGUGCUCCUGGCAGGGCUGUUCUUGAUGGUCCUGAUCCUCUUGCUGGGAGCCUCCAUGGUCUGCCUGAUCAGGGUGGCGCGGAGGAACCAGGAGCGCGCCCUCCAAACCGUCUGGAGCUCUGGGGACGACAAAGAACACCUGGUGAAGAACACUUACGUCCUGUGAAUGCCCCGUUGCCAAGGGGCUGCCCUCCUCAACAGCCUGUUAAUGAGAGAAUCUGGGAAGGGAGGGGAAACAAGUGUCGAAUGCCUGUGUGCUUUUUCAAAUAGAGUGAUUGAUCUGUAUUCGUGCGAUCAUUAGGGAUUUUGGUCUCUUUGUUACUCUAGAAGGUAAGAGGGCUGCUCCUUGGUCUCCCGGGAUGGGUUUGUUUUGGAAAUCCUCUUAGUGAAGGGCUGUGCACAUUGCAGAUGGUGUGCCCCGAGAUCAGAGUCGGUUCCUUUUCCAUUUCUUUCUUUGCUCCAGGUAUAAUUUUCUUUGAAUCCUAUUGCCUCUCCCAUCACAAAAGUGAUGUUUUAAUAGUUUCCUUUGGUUGUUUUUUUUGUUUGUUUUUUUAAAGUAAGCAGAAACACAAGAUUUUUUAUUAGGAUUCUGAAAGGAAAAAAGUGAAACGUACACAUUUAAUAAAAAGGGCCUUCCUUUUUAAAAUAAAUUUUAGCAUGUG